GGAGAGGAGAAAGAUGGCAGCUGCGGGUUUCAAGCUCAAGAGCUUCGGACGUGAGGUCAAGGAUUUGUUCAUAUACCCAAGAGACCUGCAGAUCACCUGGGGCAACGAUGAGAGAUACUGGAAGUGGCACUGGCUCUUGCUGAAGAGCCAAGACUACAAGGACAUUGAAGUGCCAGAACUGUUGCAAGUGUGCUGGCUGGAGAUCAAGGGCAAGUUCAACAUGUCGCAGCUCACGCCCAACGCCAACUACGAGGUGGUGUUCGUCCUGAUGAUGCUGGAGUCACGCUCCGGGUGGGAACACCCGGUGACUCUCAGACUCGGCAUGCCCAAUGGCAACUCGACCUCGCGCAGAUCAUGGGAACUCAAGGACAUGCCCGUGAACGAAUGGAAGGAGCUCGUCGUCGGUUCCUUCACGGCAUCGGCAAGGGGGGAUGUCACCUUCUCCUUGCUGGGGGACGACAAGACGCGCUGGAAGCAGGGGCUCGUCGUCAAGUACGUCGACGUGCGACCAGCGUAUAACUAAGAAUUAAAGACGCUGUUGGUUUCGCUACCUUGGAUAUAUAUAUGUUAGCUGAAAAAUAAGGGCUGGGUGCCAUCCCUUCUCGAUAGUACAAUGUGUGCUUGUAAUGUGUUGUGUAAGUCCUGAAUAAAAAUCUACCGAUCCUUCUAAAUAUGGAAGGGUAGUUUCAAUAAAAUCGGAUAUUUCUGUUUCA